AUGUCUUCCGAAGCCACGCCCAUCCAGGGGUCAGUAUCCCCAUGCUCUACGACCCCUCCCCUGACCUCUAGGUCACCUGGCUCCCCGGUCUCUCCGGUGUCCCCUGGGUCCCUGCGCCCGCCAGGCUCCCAGCACCCAGACCGCCCCCCCUCCCCCAUGAGAGGUUACCUCAUACCCAGCCCCCUGCCCACCAGACGCACUAGGACCUGCUCAGCGUGAGUACUGCACACACACACACACACACACACACACACACACACACACACACACACACACACACGUAAAUACAUUCAGCCUGUACACACAGAUGUUCAUACACACACGCAUAGGCUGUACACACACACACACACACACACACACACACACACCUAGUUAAACUUGUUUUAAUGCAACAGUUAUGAAACCGCUUAACUAGCCUGCUGAUAUUGUUGCACGCGUUAUGUCUAGGGGGUCUUAGUCCUGGUUACCUGGUCUGUAACCUGACUCAUUAUGUCUAGGGGGUCUUAGUCCUGGUUACAUGGUCUGUAACCUGACUCAUUAUGUCUAGGGGGUCUUAGUCCUGGUUACAUGGUCUGUAACCUGACUCAUUAUGUCUAGGGGUCUUAGUCCUGGUUACAUGGUCUGUAACCUGACUCAUUAUGACUAGGGGUCUUAGUCCUGGUUACAUGGUCUGUAACCUGACUCAUUAUGUCUAGGGGUCUUAGUCCUGGUUACCUGGUCUGUAACCUGACUCAUUAUGUCUAGGGGUCUUAGUCCUGGUUACAUGGUCUGUAACCUGACUCAUUAUGUCUAGGGGUCUUAGUCCUGGUUACAUGGUCUGUAACCUGACUCAUUAUGUCUAGGGGUCUUAGUCCUGGUUACCUGGUCUGUAACCUGACUCAUUAUGUCUAGGGGUCUUAGUCCUGGUUACCUGGUCUGUAACCUGACUCAUUAUGUCUAGGGGUCUUAGGCCUAGCUAUGCCGUGACCGUUUGUGGUAGAUGGUGGCAGAUUGUGGUAAAUUGCGUCAUUCUGUCAUUGCACCACACUCUCACAAGGGGGAGUUAGAACGCUGAUCUAUCGGUAGUCUAAACUGUGGCACAAAUUGGGGGAUUUUUCACACCUAGCCGAGCUAUUAGACCAGGGUUCCCCAACUGGCGGCCCGCGGGCAGAAUUUGGCCCACGGGUGGUUUUAUUUGCACCACCCCCUGCAAGUACUAAGCAAAAAAAAAAAAAAAAAAAAAGUGUUGUUGAAUUUUCAUUGUUGGACAUAAAAGACUAUAAAAGAACACCAGGAAAUCAGCUCCAAAUGAUUUGAAUUUAAGAUACCAUAUUUCGGCUUCUUGCGGUCAAUUUGCAGUCUACAAAUUAUAUGUAAUUAUGUUCCGGCCCCGCUGACCAUCCACUCAAGAAAUAAUCGGCCCGCGGCUGAAUCUAGUUGAUGAUCCUCGUAUUAGACUAUCCUUGUGUAAGUUAAUGGAAGUGUGAAUGUUUCAGUCCGAGUCUCUCUUCAAUGGCACUAGAGUCCUGCAUCAGGCAACAACAACAAAAUACCUGGCGGGUGGUCCCGGAGUUGAGAGAGAACUUGGGUAAAUACAAUGGCGCAAUUACACUUGUCAUGUGGACCGACGAAUUUGGAAAAAUAAGCACAGAGGGCUUUUGGUUCCUCUCCCUCUAAAAACAGAAAUAAAUCAUUCUAAAUAACAAACUGGCUUUAUUUACCACAGUGUGAAAGAGUGAUAAGCCCCUCUAUAUAAAGUGAGUUUGUGAAACACGGAGUCCUUCUUUGCUGAUGUGAAGAAGAAACUGAAUGAAAGAGUCCAGCGAGGAGAGGGAAGGGUGAAAGGUUGCCCAUAUUUUCAAGACCUGAGCUACUUCCUGUAUUUAUGAAAUGUACUAGUUUAUUUAGGCAUUUUAAUAUAUUCCUUUAGGCUUGGCCUAUUUAAUAGGCUAUUUAAUAUAUUCCUUUAGGCUUGGCCUAUUUAAUAGGCUAUUUAAUAUAUUCCUUUAGGCUUGGCCUAUUUAAUAGGCUAUUUAAUAUAUUCCUUUAGGCUUGGCCUAUUUAAUAGGCUAUUUAAUAUAUUCCUUUAGGCUUGGCCUAUUUAAUAGGCUAUUUAAUAUAUUCCUUUAGGCUUGGCCUAUUUAAUAGGCUAUUUAAUAUAUUCCUUUAGGCUUGGCCUAUUUAAUAGGCUAUUUAAUAUAUUCCUUUAGGCUUGGCCUAUUUAAUAGGCUAUUUAAUAUAUUCCUUUAGGCUUGGCCUAUUUAAUAGGCUAUUUAAUAUAUUCCUUUAGGCUUGGCCUAUUUAAUAGGCUAUUUAAUAUAUUCCUUUAGGCUUGGCCUAUUUAAUAGGCUAUUUAAUAUAUUAGCAUAAAGCUGAGUGACUCACUCAUUCCUGGCUUUGGAUCAAAAUAAAUAAGUACCAACAUUCUUUCUGAUCGUCUUUAAUAAAUAAAUGUUUUGACCAAGUUAAUCUGCUCAUGUUGUGUGUGUGUUCAAUUAUUUGUGAUGUGGUUACAAUGGAGAAUGGAAAAAACGAAAUAAAUCAAAUAAAUCCUGGUUAUAAUGAAUAAUCUGAUGCGUGUUGCAGUCAUCUUUCCUUUUUAACAUGUUGCCUGCCUUUUAUUGUGUGUGUGCCUGUUUUAUGUGUGUGUGUGCCUGUUUUGUGUGUGUGUGUAUGUGUGUGUUUAGGGCGGCACGUGCAGCGGAGGGUCCAUCGUUCAGCGGCGUAUGUAAGUGUUUCUCUCGCACUAAAGGACACGGCUUCAUCACACCAGCCGACGGAGGCAGCGACAUCUUUGUCCACAUCUCAGAGUAA